AUGGGAGAUCCUGGAGUAUUUUCAAGCAGCUUGCUACAGUCUUUAUUAUCAAAUGAUCCUCGAGAGCUGAUAUGGCCGACUUUACUCGCCAUUAUCGUCUUCUCAUGUCUUGCGACCCGCAUCAUCACCGGUUUCCAGAGCUGGCCUGAAAAGGGAGCCGGUGCAGGACUGCCACGGUUGAUCAGAACGGUCCCUUACUGGGUUCCAUGGCUGGGCCAUGGCAUAUCAUUUGGCUGGGAUCAUGUCGUAACUCAUCAGGAGAGCAGAAAUCACAUGGAUGAAGCUGUAUUUGCCAUUAUUAUGGGAGGUACAAGGCACAAUAUUGUGGUGUCGCCAUCCUUAGCCAGGGCUAUCUUAUCCUCCCGAAGCACAUCUUCUGUUUCCUUGAUCAACUAUGCUCUGGAAAAGAUCGGAGGUGACAAGGGCGCGAUUCGUGGCCUCAGCUCAAGCGACCACCAUCUAAUUCAUCACAAUAACCCAAAUCUCUUCAUGCGAGAGCCGUUUCUCACAGACGCUUCAAAAGAUGCUACUUCUCUUAUUGAACGAGAGACACCCAAUCUAGUGACCUUUUGUCGAAGCAUGGUUGACCAGGCGCCCUGGGAGAGAGGGAGCGAAGCCGAAGUCAUAGACGGCCACGACAAGCCUAUUUCUACGGUCAACCUAUUUGCUCUUGUUAGGAAUUUCGUCGGUCACAUUACGACUUCCGUGUUCAUGGGACAGGCACUGCUAGAGGCCUUUCCUGAUCUGCUUGAUGACAUCUGGGUAUUCGAUAGCCACUUCCUUGCUCUUUCGCUAGGGGCUCCCCGUUGGUUGCCACUGCCAGGGGUUUCGGCCGCCUAUGCGGCCCGUGAUAGAAUCUUGGAAAACCUCGCUGCAUUUCACCAGGCAUUCGUUUCUUGGGACGAUGGCAAUGAACCCGCGGUGGAGUUUCGUGACCUUGAAGAUGUCUCUGAGCCCGUGAAGCAGCGGAUUCGGAAAUUUAAGGAACUAGGGUUAUCAGCCAAGUCGAGUGCUCCGGGUCAUUUGUCUCUCCUCUGGGCUAUGAAUGCUAAUUCUCCUAAUGCGGUUUUCUGGCACAUCCUUCGCAUCUACUCCGACCCUGCCCUUCUGGAGGAGGUUCGAAAGGAGAUUGCUCCUUACGUCAAAGUCUCCAGGCCUAGUCGGGAGGAGACGGGUUUUCCGUUUCUCGAACCCCCCAAGAUCUCCCUAGAUUCUGAUGGACUAUUCAAGUCCUGCGUGUUACUAAAAGCCAGCUUUUAUGAAACGAUGCGCUUGGAUUCAGCAAGCCUUUCAUUCCGAGAGGUCACCACUGACUUGACCGUCACGGAAUCUUUGGAGGAUGCAGCAGCAGCUGGCUUGACCCAACCACGGACUUAUGCGAUCAAAAAAGGGGAGAAUGUGUCGGUGGUGCACGGAGCGGUCCAAAGAGACCCCCGAUUCUUUUCAAAUCCUGAUCAGUUCGAUCCACUCCGAUUCGUCAUUACAGACCCGGAGACAGGGGAAAAGAGAGCGGAGAUGCACACCAUCUCUCCGUUCGGAGGAGGAGUUUCGGGAUGUAAGGGCCGAGCCUUCGCAGAGAGGAAGAUCCUGCUCUUCUCUGCAGCAAUUAUCUCCAUGUGGGAUAUUGAACCCGUGGAAGGCAGCGAGUUCAAAAUUCCUAGGCACAGGCGCUCCACAGGGCAAUUCGCCCCCAAAAAUGAUAUCCGUGUGCGAAUGAGCACACGUGUAUAG